AUGUCGACACAAAAUAAUGCGGCAAACCCAUCCAAUGCCCCCGAUCCUAAUUCCAAAAGCGCCGCCAAGAAGGAGGCGAAACGGUUAGAGGCUCUUGCCAAAAAGGCAACCAAGCUCCCCAAGCAAGCCGCCGAGGCUGUGACAAGUGGAGAGAAGAAAAAGUCGGAAAAAGCGGUAGAGAAAGCCUCAAAGAAAGAGGAGGAGGAGCCGUUUGUCAACACAACUCCCAGGGGGGAGAAAAAAGAUUUAAGCAAGCCUAUGGCCAGCGGCUACAAUCCGAUCGCUGUCGAAUCGGCAUGGUACGAUUGGUGGGAGAAGGAAGGUUUCUUCGCUCCCUCCCUUACGACAGACGGGGAUGUCAGGCCUGAAGGAUCUUUUGUUGUCGCGUUUCCGCCGCCUAACGUUACUGGGAGUCUGCACAUUGGGCAUGGCCUGACCGUGGCUAUUCAGGACGCGCUCAUACGAUGGAAUCGCAUGCACGGAAAGACAACUCUCUGGUCUGUUGUGGAGAAGCGACUCUACAAGUCGACUGGGAAGACAAGGCAUGAUUUAGGAAGAGAGAAAUUUCUAGAACAAGUUCUUGAGUGGAAAAAUGACUACCAAGAGAGAAUAACAAAGCAAAUGAAACGUCUAGGGGGGAGUUUCGAUUGGAGUAGAGUAGCGUUCACAAUGAACAAGACGCUGUCCGCUGCUGUGGUUGAAACGUUUUGUAGACUUUCAGAAGAGGGCAUCAUUUAUCGAGCCAAUCGACUGGUCAACUGGUGUGUUCAACUCAACACUACACUCUCAAAUUUAGAGGUAGAUCAGAAAAAAGUAGAGGGGCGUACAUUAUUAAAUGUUCCAGGAUAUGACAUUAAAGAAAAGUUCGAAUUUGGCGUCAUCACUUCUUUUGCGUACCAUAUCGAAAACACUGAUGAGAAGAUUAUUGUCGCAACCACCCGCCCGGAGACAAUGUUGGGUGAUACUGCCGUUGCUGUCCACCCGGAUGAUCCUCGCUACAAGCAUUUGCAUGGGAAAGUCGCCAUCCAUCCAUUUAUUCCCGAUCGCAGGAUUCCGAUUGUCACAGAUGCCAUCGCGGUAGACAUGGAAUUCGGAACCGGUGCUGUCAAGAUAACGCCCGCUCACGAUCCAAAUGAUUAUGAUGUUGGCAUUCGUCACAACCUGGAAUUUAUCAAUAUUCUCAACGACGAUGGGACACUGAAUGAGAACGCUGGCAGAUUCAAGGGACUGAAGCGUUUCCAUGCUCGUAAUGCAGUCGUAGAGGCUUUGAAAGCAAUCGGGGAUUACGUUGAAACUAAAGACAACCCGAUGAACAUCCCCGUGUGCAGUAAAUCUGGCGAUGUCGUUGAACCCGUUAUGAAGCCUCAGUGGUGGGUAAACUGCAAGCCGUUGGCCGAGGAAGCUAUCAAGCGAACGAAGGCCAGUGAAGUUCGAAUUGCACCAAAAGCAUCCGAAAAUGAAUGGUACCGGUGGCUUGAAGGCAUACAGGAUUGGUGUAUUUCGCGGCAGUUGUGGUGGGGGCACCGUGUCCCUGCCUAUUUCGUCAAUGUGGAAGGCGAGGUUCAAGAUCGUAUCGACGAUAAGAACUGGGUCGUAGGGCGUACUGUCGAGGAGGCUGCAGAACGUGCCAAACUUGUGGCUAGAGGCAAACCUUUCACCCUCGAGCAGGAUGAAGAUGUUCUCGAUACGUGGUUUUCGUCCGGUCUAUGGCCCUUCUCCACACAGGGAUGGCCGGCUCAGACAGAGGACCUUGCACGCUUCUAUCCUACGUCCCUGCUGGAGACAGGGUGGGACAUUUUGUUCUUUUGGGUUGCGCGCAUGGUCAUGCUUGGCAUCCGACUGACCAACAAGGUCCCUUUUGAAGAUGUUUACUGCCACGCUAUGAUUCGAGAUGCGCAUGGCAGAAAGAUGAGUAAAAGUCUGGGUAACGUCAUUGACCCCUUGGAUGUCAUCCAAGGCAUCUCGCUAGAAGAUCUUCACAAGAAGCUCAGCGAGGGUAAUCUGGACGAGAAGGAAAUAGCAAAGGCUAAGGCUGGACAGAAGAAAGAUUUUCCAAAGGGAAUUCCCCAGUGUGGUACGGACGCACUGAGAUUUGCUCUUUGUGCUUACACGUCGGGAGGUCGCGAUAUAAACCUUGAGAUCCUUCGUGUUGAGGGUUACCGCAAGUUCUGCAAUAAAUUGUGGAACGCUACGAAGUUCGCAAUGCUCAAGUUCGAAGAAGGCUGGGUGCCCGAGCUUUCACAUCAACCAACAGGCAAAGAAUCAUUGGCUGAGCGAUGGAUCCUUCACAAACUGAAUAUCGCGGUUUCUGACCUUAACAAGCAGUUGGCUGACAGGAGUUUCUUGGCAGCCACCGGGACUGUCUACAACUUCUGGUUGUACGAGCUUUGCGACGUAUUCAUAGAAGCCAUGAAGCCCAUGACAGAUGAGAAGGCAUCACUUGAAACACGACGUUCCGCACAAAACACGUUAUACACAUGUUUAGAUUUUGGUCUUCGACUUCUUCAUCCCUUCAUGCCAUUCGUCACGGAGGAGUUAUGGCAACGGUUGCCUCGAAGACCUGGGGAUAACACACCGUCGAUCAUGGUGUCAUCAUUCCCCGUUCAUAAUCCGGAUUUUGUCUAUCUUGAUGCUGAGAGGGACUUUGAUACUGUGUUUGCUGCAAUUAAGGCCGUGCGAUCCCUGGCGGCACAGUACAACUUGCAGACGAAUAUUCAGGCCAUCAUUCUUUCGACAUCACAGAAUGAGCAUGGAAUGUUGGCUUCUCAAGCUCCCACGAUUGGCGCGCUGAGCAAAGGUUGCAAAUCGGCAAACGUCGUGGCAGAUUCAACUGAAGUGCCAACAGGUUGUGGAUCCGUUGUGUUGAGUCCUACAGCAACCGUUUUUGUUUUGGUCAAAGGUCUUGUUGAUCUUGACGCAGAGAUCACGAAAUGCGAGAAGAAGCUAAAUCUGGCGAAUCUGAAUGCGGAAAAGAUCCGAAAACUAAAGGCGCAGCCUGGUUACGAGCAAAAUAUUCCUGCCGAUGUCCGGGCAUCUAAUGAUGAGAAAUUGUCCACUUAUGAGGCUGAGACAUCUAAUUUGCAAGAAUCAAUCGGAAUGUUUAAGCGUCUAAAAUAACGAUCCAUAAACCUGCUUUUGUAUAUAAUUUGUAACGCGGGUACAUAUUGCUGUGCUGAUCAGGUUUCGAAUCAUCUAAGGCGAAAGCAGAGGGCGGAGGCGAAGAGUGCAGAUUGAGGAAAUAACGCGGUACCAGCGAUGUGUAACCACAGUUGGCAGAAUAUCGUGGAAUGGUGGUAUCAUAGGGAGGAAGGCAUGUUCAAAUCAAAGUGAAGAGAACGAAAGCAUAGCAUACGUGUAGGACUAUUCCAACUGCUGGUGUAGGACAGGACAUGUUAAGAGGGGGGCUGCAGAGUGGGAUGAUUGUAGAGGCAACUUGAACGCAGCGGAUAGUGGGUAGGAGUUGGGAGGGCAGCUAGAUCAAGUCAAAAGGCCUGAACGAUAGAUUUGUCAUCAAUUGAUGCGAGGAUGAUUUCCGAUUUUAGGAU